AAAAGAUGAACAGAAAGAGGCAUUUGGGAUUGCAGCAACUUUCCUCUUUGGCAUCUGUUGCAAAGACCUUUUUAGGGCCAAUUAAAUCAUCCAAAUUUAUUGUUGAUAAAAGAACUUCUGGCAGUGUGUUGGUUUGCUCUGCAGUGAGACUUCUUGAAAGCUUGGAUUCAGAUAAUACGGUGGGACAACUUCUUAAUGACGCCAUCCAAGCACAGAACAAGGAGUAUAAAACUGGAACAACCACCCUGUUGUUUCUUGUUAGUGCAUGGAGCAGUGCGGUACUUGAGUGCCUUGAGCAGGGUGUUCCCCUUUCAAUAAUAGUAACUCUGAUGUCUGAAGGUCUCAGUUCUUGCAUUGAGCAAGUUCAGUCCCUGACAAUACCGAUGCAGGAUGUGAAGCAAAAGCUAGAUGAUAUUCCUAUGAAAUACAACAACAAAGCCCUCAUUAACAUCCGUUUUGGCACAACUGGAAGGCAGACGAUUGAAACUAAAACUUCAGGUAUCGAAUCCAAAGACAGUUUUGAAAUCCAUGUGUCAGAAAAAGAAUUAAAUGACCCUAUCAUUCAGCAGUGGGAAAGCUCUCAGUAUCCAUGGUUAUUUGCUAAAGGCAGCAGCACAGAGUGUUCACAGGCUAAGCCAAAAGAUGACAUUUGUGUUCUAAUGGGUUGCAGAAGUCAUUUGGAUGUAUCAAACUGUAAUAAAAGAUCAAAAUUCAUUCACAGUAGAUAUUUCACUAGUGCAAAGGAAUUUCACUCACAACAGCUGACAGAUGACUUGGAUGGAUCUGCAAAACAUACGAAUGAACUCGGGUAUUUGGGACAGGUGGCAAUGUCUCUUAGCCACGGAAAGGGGCCUGAAAUGAAACUGGUACAGGAUGUUCUUAGAUGCUGGUUGCAGACUGACUCUCAAACAGCUGACUCCCAUCAUUUUCAAUUUAAUAUUUCAGAAAUUGUAACUUGUUGUUUACCAGGGAUGUCUGAAAGUUAUUCUUGUGUUUGUCCUGGGUAUGUCAUGUUGUUAUGUCCAGAGAAAGCUGCUGUUGCUAAGCAGCUUCAGGAUAGACCUCUUCAUAUUGUUCUUGUAGAUGGUGACCUAACAGAUACGUAUCGCCAUUUGGGAUUUAACAGGUCACAAAAUGUGAGAAUGAUCUUAGAAAGUGGGAAUAAUCAAGCAAAUAGCUCAGGCUUGUGGGCUGACGCUGUGUUAGAUAUUCUGAAUCAAUACCAUAUUGAUUUACUUUUGGUGCAAGGUAACACGUGUGAAAGUUUAGAGGAAAAAUGCUUCCUACAUCACAUACUGAUAAUUAAUCAGGUAACCCAUGCUGUGUUGCAAGCUUUUAGCAAUAUUACAGGAGCAGAAAUAGUGACCUACCUCGCUCAGGUGAAUGAACAUUGUGUUGGAAAGGAUGUUUAUUUAAACUUCUGGGGAACGGGAGAGUCAGGUUGGAUGGAACUGGACAGCAGAGUUCCGAUUGUUAUAACAGCAAAAGGAAUUCACCUGGUAACAGUGGUGCUUAGCAGUCCAGUAUUCUCCAAGAUGCAAGCCAUUGAAGAUAACUUUUGGACUUGCGCUUAUCGUGUGCACCAUGCUCUUCUUGAUAAUGCAACUGAUAACCAGAAAUGA